CUUUGUAAAACAUCCAGCAAGCGACCGACCGAACGGACCGAGCGAGAAUCUCCCUCUCUCUCUCUUUCUCCCUCGUUCACUCUGAUCUCAUCCACCACUCUGAACACACUGCCAACCAACACUCUCUCAAAAAUUAUUAUUUUCUUCACCCGAAAAAAUGGCAGGAGGUAAAGCUGGAAAGGAUUCAGGAAAGGCGAAAGCUAAAGCGGUUUCCCGGUCGGCGAGAGCAGGACUUCAGUUCCCCGUGGGCAGGAUCCAUCGCCACUUGAAGAACAGGACGACAAGCCAUGGACGUGUCGGAGCAACGGCGGCGGUUUACAGUGCCGCUAUUUUGGAGUAUUUGACCGCUGAGGUCUUGGAAUUGGCUGGAAAUGCCUCCAAGGACUUGAAAGUGAAGCGUAUCACUCCCAGACAUUUGCAACUUGCCAUCCGAGGAGAUGAAGAGCUGGAUUCCCUCAUUAAAGCAACCAUUGCCGGAGGAGGUGUCAUUCCACAUAUUCACAAAUCUCUCAUUGGCAAGAAGGGUGGAGCCGGAGGGCCAGGUCAAAAACCAACUUAAGGAGGAAUUAUAUGAAAAAUUGUGUCUGUAAUAAUGUCCUCAUUCUUUUUUACCAAGACUGGUUGGGUUUCUUCUAUGCAGUUUAGAUUAAUGUUUUAAUUUAAAAAUUUUUAUAAAAGUGUGAAAUAAUUUCUUGUUACAAAUAUAUUUAUUCAUCGAAUAAAUCUACAAAAUCAAAGAAAA